AUCCUAAAAAGAAGUGAGUCAUAAGAAAAAUAGAACUAAUAUGGAUGAAAAGGAGCUGGAAAGGUUGGCUAAAGAAGAAUUGCUGAAUGAGGCUAAACGAGGAAAGAUUAGAGCCGAAACAAUGGGUGCAAUKGGCUGGCAAAAAUGCCCAGUACCAAGCACAAACAAGAGAUUUCUCACCAACAUGAUUAGAAGUACACUUGAGCCAUCUAAAAAGAAAGAAAAGYCAAAAGAUUAUGAUGACAAGGAGAAACCUCAAAGGCAUAACAGAGAUUMUGAUGAAAGAAGACAUGAAACUAAAUAUGAAACUUGUGACCAUAGAAGGGAUAGYUCAAGGGCAAAACACAGACAAAGACAGGAGGAGGUUCCUUCCAGAAAAUCAAGACACAAGAAACACAAAWCAAGAUAUGAAAAGUCUUAAUAAUUUUUUUUUAGAAUAUUUUUGCAUUUAAAUAUACACCUAAUUGGCAUGAACAUUAAUUGUCAUACAAAAAUUGAAUAUAGCAAAUUAAAAUAGUCUAGAAAUUAGCAGACUCACUAGAAUUUUGAUGAAAACCACAAAAAAAAUUAAUUUAGGCAUGUUUCGACAUAGACUUCUUUCAUCAUCAGUUACAAACUAUAUAUAGAACAUA